AUGCUUGUGCUCCUCUUCAUUUACGCAGUAGCAAUAUCUACGUCUCGUGCGACGGCGUUCUCGCUGAAGUCUUUGUUUGGCAGCGAUGAUUCUACAGCAGCCGAAGCAGACCUUUCCAAUGGAACAAAUAUUAAAGCCCGACAACCGCUCCUCAAAGCCACAGACUGGUUCCUCACUGAACAGGAGAUCACCGACUCGCGGGGUGGCGUUCCACGCAGCGAUUUAGCGGUCUACACGACAGGUAACGCGGUGAAAUCCUUCACCGCAACGAAAGAAUUCUACGACGCGGUUUACAAUGACCUGACAAAGACGAAGGCAGGCGAUCGAGUUUUGCUUUCGGCUUACGCAACAGCUCUCGUCCCGAUGAAGCCGGACAUCGACCCUACAGGUGCCAAGACAGGAGUUGGCAAAGUGUUCUUUGACGUUGUAAACCGUGGAGGUAAUGUCAACAUUCUCAACUGGCAGAACCUCAAGUACAGAUCCUUUAACCUCAAGGCUCGCGAUGUCAUCAACGCCAUCCCAGCUUCUCCAAUUAACGGCGCCAAAGCGGUGCUUCUGUUUGACGACCGUCUACCUUCUGUUGUCUCGUCUUAUCAUCAGAAAACUUUGGUUAUCGUGGCCGACAACCCUUUAAACAGCGAGGACCUACCAGUGGCUUAUGUGGGCGGAUUGGAUCUUGCAAACGACCGAUGGGAUACUAUUUAUCAUAACAACUCGGCUGUUCGCGAUGCGAGUGGCACCACGUUCAAGUUUCAGGGCGAAAGAUGUGGCCAACAACUUUGUAGCUCGGUGGAAUUCCGAGAACUUGCCCAGCCAGGGCAUCAAGGACGAGCUGAUGGACUUUGA